AUGUGCCAAAAGCUUUCCGGGAAGAGUUUCGUGCCGCGAGUGAAGCGAGCUGCCGUGGCAGGUGGUGCCGUAGAAGGGUGGACUCCCGCAGGGAACAGCGCUGCCUACCGCCAGCUCAUAUCCCUGGAGCCCCCCUGGGGGCACACCUUCCACCUGGAGCUGGGCACCGCGGAGGAGAUGCCGGCGAGGACGUCCAGGCUGCGCGUGGAGCUGGAGUGCACCUGCACGAGGCAGCAUCCAGCGGAGGACAUGCUCUGCUUCCUCCACCACUCCAGGGAGCAGCUGAGGGGGAAUCAGGGUGCCAGCCUCCUAGACACCCUCUGCACGGGCCCCUACCUCGACGUGGAGAAAACCACCUCCUGGUUCCAAAUACUGGUGAAAGCAGCCUGGGUGAUGACUCAGCCUCUGCCGAGGGACUGCUAUCUAACAGUGCUGCCCUCCAGGCGCUCCUGCAGGCUCCGGCUGGCAAACGCUUCCAACACUCAGUGCCUCCUGAUCGAGAUGAUGUUUGGGGUGCAGCACGGUGACUCGGGCACCUUCCUCAUCGUCACGUAG